AUGGUAGAUACGAACGCAACGGAGAAACUAUGCAGAUGCGAGUCGAAACCUACGAAUGACGAAUGUUCAAGACCAGAAUGUAUUCAUGAAGCGAGCAGAAUUCUAAGGAACAUGGACGACAGGGUUGAACCUUGCGACGAUUUUCACAAGUUCGUUUGUGGAAAUUACGCCAAUCCAGCGUUCGAGUUCUACCAAAAUUCUAUGGCUUACCCGCCUGCUAUCGGCCAGCUCGAGGUUGAUUCGCGUCUUCGAGCUAUCCUGGAGGACAUUGACGAAUCAACGGGACUCAAGGUCGUGGCGGAUCUCAAAAACUCUUACACAAAUUGUAUGGAAGACGAAUGGAAAGACGAAAGUGCGUCGGAGCUCACCGAAACCGUCGAUACCUGGCGCUCACUUUUCGAGAAUCCGUUGAAUACGACGCAGUCCAAGUACAGCUCUGUGCAUUCAUACUUGUUCGAUUUUAAUGAAAAACUAGAUGCAACCAACACUACGAACAGAGUUUUGCAGCUGUCAAUAAAGGCUCCACCAAUUCCAUGGGGUUAUCUCGAGAAAGGCGAAUCAAAUGACGUGGUUAAAGCUUAUUUUUUGUUCAUGACCGAUGUCAUCGGCCAUCUGCGGGUCAAUAGUUCGACGGAAGUACCAAAUCUCCUGGAAGUUUUAUCCAUCGAAAUAGAACUAUCGAAAAUUGUAUUUCCUGAGAACGUGAAUUACGAUUUCAAACGUCAGUACACCCGGACAACUUUAGGAGAGCUCAAAAGAAAGUAUCCGAAUUUACACUUGAACGAAAGUUCAGACAGAGACGAUGACACUGUAGUUCAAAUGAGAAUCGAUGUCGAUCUCAUUGGCAGUUUGGACGAAUGGAUUUCUAGAAAAUCGAGGGCCUCUCUAGCCACUUGGGUGACAUGGCGAUGGACGGCAGAUAGAGUUGACCAGUUGGGCUCAUACUUUGUUCAUAAAUUGAAAAAGCUACAAAAAACUGUUUUCGGAUACGUAAGAGAAGAGACUAAGUGGAGAAGUUGCGUUCGACAAGUUCAUUCGGAAUUUCCAUUAAUUCUCGACCUUUUGUACUAUGGACAGUAUUUAAGCGAAAAUGUUGUGAGAGAUUCGACCGAGAUAGGCGAAAAUAUAACACAAGCAUUUACUGGUCUCAUUGAAAAGGUACGUCACACUUUCCUGACGCGUUAA